GCCGGCGGCGCUACCAUGGCGGUGCGACAGGCGCUGGGACGGGGCCUGCAGCUAGGUCGAGCGCUGCUGCUGCGCUUCACGGCCAAGCCUGGCCCGGCCUACGGCUGGGGGCGGCCCGAGCGACCGGGUCCCGCGGCGGCCCGGGGCCGCGGAGAGCGCCCAGACCAGGUCGCGGGACACGGCGCGGAGCCGCGCAGGCUCGGGCUCGGGCUCCCCGACCGCUACCGCUUCUUCCGCCAGUCGGUGGCGGGGCUGGCGGCGCGACUCCAGCGCCAGUUCGUGGUGCGGGCCCGGGGCUGCGCGGGCCCUUGCGGCCGGGCCGUCUUUCUGGCCUUCGGGCUGGGGCUGGGCCUGGUGGAGGAGAAGCAGGCGGAGGGCCGGCGGGCGGCCUCGGCCUGUCAGGAGAUCCAGGCAAUUUUUACCCAGAAAAACAAGCUGCUUCCUGACCCACUGGACACUAGGCGCUGGCAGGGCUUCCAGCUGGAGGAGUAUCUAAUAGGGCAGUCCAUUGGCAAGGGCUGCAGUGCUGCUGUGUAUGAAGCCACCAUGCCUGUGUUGCCCCGGAACCUGGAGGUGGCAAAGAGCAUCCGGCUUCUUCCAGAGAGAGCCCCAGAUAUCAUCCCACCAGAAGAGGAGGGGCGAGCUCCACAGCCCCGUGCUUUUCCCUUAGCCAUCAAGAUGAUGUGGAACAUCUCGGCUGGCUCCUCCAGCGAAGCCAUCUUGAGCACAAUGAGCCAGGAGCUAGUCCCAGCUAGUCGAGUGGCCUUGGCUGGGGAGUAUGGAGAAGUCACUUACAGAAAAUCCAAAGGAGGUCCCAAGCAACUGGCUCCUCACCCUAACAUCAUCCGGGUGUUCCGCGCCUUCACCUCGUCUGUCCCACUGCUGCCAGGGGCCCUGGUCGACUACCCAGAUGUGCUGCCUCCACGUCUUCACCCCGAAGGCCUGGGCCACGGGCGGACACUUUUCCUCGUUAUGAAGAACUACCCCUGUACCCUGCGCCAGUACCUUCGGGAGAACACCCCAAGUCCCCGUCUCGCCACCAUGAUGAUCUUGCAGCUCUUGGAAGGAGUAGAUCAUCUGGUUCAACAGGGUGUCGCACACAGAGACCUAAAAUCUGACAACAUCCUCGUGGAGCUGGACGCAGACGGCUGCCCCUGGCUGGUGAUCGCGGACUUCGGCUGCUGCCUGGCUGAUGAGCACGUAGGCCUGCAGUUGCCUUUCACCAGCUGCUAUGUGGAUCGGGGCGGAAACGGCUGCCUGAUGGCUCCCGAGGUGUCCACAGCCUGCCCUGGCCCCAGGGUGGUGAUUGACUACAGCAAGGCUGACACCUGGGCAGUGGGAGCGCUUGCCUACGAAAUCUUCGGCCUCCCCAAUCCUUUUUAUGGCCAGGACGGAGCCCACCUUGAAAGCCGAAGUUACCAAGAGGCUCAGCUGCCUGCACUGCCUGAGUCAGUGCCUCUACACGUGAGACAGCUGGUGAGGUCACUGCUGCGGCGGCAGGCCAGCAAGAGACCAUCUGCCCGAGUAGCUGCUAACGUGCUUCACUUAAGCCUCUGGGGUGAACAUACUCUAGCCCUGAAGAAUCUGAAACUAGACAAGAUGAUUGGCUGGCUCCUCCAGCAAUCAGCGGCCACUCUGCUGGCCAACAGCCUUACAGAGGAGAGCUGUGUGGAAACAAAAAUGAAGAUGUUAUUUCUGGCCAACCUGGAAUAUGAGGCUCUGUGGCAGGCAGCCCUCCUCCUCUGCUCCUGGAGGGCAGCCCUGUGAUGGCUGAUGUGGCUGACAAAUUACUAAAAGAACUUGGCAGCAUCUAUGUCGUGAUGGUCUGUGAAUGCUGACAGAGGGGUUCUGAGGUGUGAGGGGAGGAGUCAGGAGAAAAGAUGGCACAGAGAGGGCUGGUUAGCAGAAGAAAAGGCUUCUGGUUUGGCAAAUGAGAGGAACAAGUUGAGUGAAGCUCACAGUCUAUAGCUUUUAACUCCAGCUGUGUGAUUUGGUUGCAUCAUAUAACCUGUGUGGUCUAAAUUUCUCUUACCUAUAAAAUGAAGAAACCACUCUAACCGGGAGUGGGCACACUUCCUCUAGAGCGCCCAAUAGCAAAUACCCAGGCUGUUGCAGACACUCACCAUUCCUGUUGUAGCACAAAAGCAGCCUUAAAUAUGGAGACGAACAAGCGUGGCGGUGCCAGUAGUACAGUGUUAGUUAUGGACACUGAAACCUGAGUCACUUAAAUGCUCUUUUAAAAAAUCAUUUAAAAACGUAAAAACCAUUUUUUGCUUGCAGGCAAUACCAAAAAUAGGCAGCAGGUUGGAUUGGCCCACAGGCCAGUUUGCCAACCCCUGGUCUAGAUGAAUUCAAAGGACCUAACUCUAAAAUGCACUAAUCACUAGGCCCCUGUGUAUGGAUACUAAAACUGGUAAGAUCUUUGCCUACAAAUCCAAAGGGAUGAGUUCUCUGCACCAGGCGACAAGAUACACUCAGGUGUUAACUGCUGACCACAAAGCCCUACCUUAUGCUCAUGUUCUGUCUUCACAGACUUCUGAAGAGUAGAUGGCUGGGCUGGGCUGUCAUGAGGCUGGGCUGAGGAGGGUCCAGGCCAAGGCAGUGCUGUUAGUGGCACGGUUCCUGAGCCAAGGCAAACAUGCACAGGUCAGUGUAUUCAGACAUCGGGAUGAAGGGAUGCAGGCCUGGAAGGUAGAGAGCCUUGCACUGCUGCUACAGAACUGAGUCUAGCAGAGCUAAAACGACCGAUGGAAUGAAGUAGAGAUUAACAGCAUAGUGUUUUAAACAUGCCGAUCUCCUCCUGACUCGCAUUUUUUACAGGAAUUGUGAAGAAUUAAACGUGCAUUUACAACUGCAGAA